UUGCGUCACUGCCUCGCCGAGCAGAGAGAAGAGCGAGCUGGGGAGAGCUAGACCAGUUUGAAGGGGAGGGCAGGCAGAGUUAGCAGCCCCCGAGGCUCUCCUCUCCCACCGCCCAUCCCUUUCCUCUCUUCUUCUUCUGCUUCUCUCUCAGCUCUUAACUUUCCCCCGAGAACCCCCUAUUUAGCCAAAGGAAGGAGGUAAGGGGAACCCUCUCCCCUCCCCCCUCCAAAAAAAUAAAACAAAACUUUUCCAGUCCGGAGAGAGCAGGGGAACGAGUGGGCACCGGAUUGGCCAUGGAGCUGCUGUGCUGCGAGGUGGACCCGGUCCGCAGGGCUGUGCCGGACGCCAACCUGCUCUACGACGACCGCGUUUUGCAGAAUUUGCUCACCAUCGAGGAGCGCUACCUUCCCCAGUGCUCCUACUUCAAAUGCGUCCAGAAGGACAUCCAGCCCUACAUGCGCAGGAUGGUGGCCACCUGGAUGCUGGAGGUCUGUGAGGAACAGAAGUGUGAAGAGGAGGUCUUCCCUUUGGCCAUGAAUUACCUGGACCGCUUCUUGGCUGGAGUCCCGACUCCUAAGACCCAUCUGCAGCUUCUGGGUGCUGUCUGCAUGUUCCUGGCCUCCAAGCUCAAGGAGACCAUCCCCCUGACGGCAGAAAAGUUGUGCAUUUACACUGACAACUCCAUCAAGCCUCAGGAGCUGCUGGAGUGGGAGCUGGUGGUGCUGGGGAAGUUGAAGUGGAACCUGGCAGCCGUCACUCCUCAUGACUUCAUCGAGCACAUCCUCCGCAAGCUGCCCCAGCCCAACGAGAAGUUGUCUCUGAUCCGCAAGCACGCACAGACCUUCAUUGCUCUGUGUGCCACUGACUUUAAGUUUGCCAUGUACCCGCCAUCAAUGAUUGCAACUGGAAGUGUGGGAGCUGCCAUCUGUGGGCUCCAGCAGGAUGAGGACGUGAGCUCGCUCACUGGCGAUGCCCUGGUAGAUCUGCUGGCCAAGAUCACCAACACAGACGUGGAUUGCCUCAAAGCCUGCCAGGAGCAGAUUGAGGUGGUGCUGCUCAACAGCCUGCAGCAGCUCCGUCAGGACCAGGGCGAUGGAGCCAAGUCGGAGGAUGAACUGGACCAAGCCAGCACCCCCACAGACGUGCGGGAUAUUGACCUGUGAGGAUGUCAGUCGGGCCGAACGGGAGAGACAUGUGCAAAUCUGCUCUCUCCUUCUCUCUGAUUGUGUUUUGUUCUUUAUGUUUUAGGAUGAAACUUAAAAAAAAAAUUCUGCCCCCACCUAGAUCAUAUUGAAAGAUCUUUUAGAAGUGAGAGAAAACGGUCCUAUAAAAACGGAAUAAUUAAAAGCAUUUGGUGCCUAUUUCAAGUACAACAGAAGGGAAUCCCUUGUAUAUGCGAACAGUUAUUGUUUGAUUAUGUUAAAAGUAAUAGUAAAAUGCUUACAGGAAAACCUGCAGAGUAGCUAGAGAAAAUGUACGCCUGCAAUAUGGGAACAAAUUAGAGGAGACUUUUUUUUUCAUGUUAUGAACUAGCACAUAUACACCCCUUUUAGUAUAAUUUCAAGGAACUGCGUAUGCCAUUUAUGGCAGGAUUAGAUUGCAAAGCGAUGAACUCAAGAAGGAAUUAGAAAUAAGGAGGGACAUGAUGGGGAGGGAGUACAAACCAAUCUCUCAACGUGACUGAAUCAUUUUGGUUGUAGAAACACCUUUGCUCUCGACCACCUGUUUGUUACUAAGUCAGGAGCAUUACUGGGUCUCUAGUUACAAACUUGCUGUCUAGAGUAGCUGCUACCUAAAAAAGAUGUUUGAUUUUGCCAGUUGGACACAGGUGAUUGGAUCCUGGGUUUCCUGGGGUUUGACAUCUUGGUUCUUCUUCCAAACAUGGUUCAUUGCAGACACCACCAUAUUUUUAUCUAAGGGGGCAAUCUAGCUAUGGGCCAUAACCAAAACUCAUAUGAAAUGGAGGCAGAUGGAGAUCAAGGGUGGGAUCUGGAAUGGAAUCUUUUCUGUUAAUGUAUUGAAGAGAGUAAUGUGACCUUGGCAUCCCUUACUAAUUUUUGGUGCUGAUUGGCAUGUCUGGUCCACAGUUUAGCAUUGUUAUAAACCAUUCCAUUCGAAAAGCACUUUGAAAAAUUGUUCCUGAGGGAUAGAUGGGAUGGUUUAUGCAAAUCGUGCUGAAUAGACUCCUCCCCUUUUUCUCCUGUGCCCCUUCCCCUCCUGACCCCAGUCGGGUAACUGUUCACCUCUGGUAUCUGACAUUCUCUGGUACAUAGUUCUGGUGUCCCUACCAGGAUUCAAGAGACACCCCUUUCCGCUGACAUUCCCAUCACAACAUUCCUCAGAAAAGCCUAAAAACAAAGAUCUGUUACCAUUUUGAUGGCACAGAAGGAUCUUAAUUCCCACCUAUAUACUUCUCCUUUGGACAUGGAAAGAAAAGUUAUUGCUGGUGCAAAGACAGACAGCUGACCAUCACAGUGUGGCAUUUGUUCCCUUUUCCGUU